CGCUUCGCCUCAAUGGCACAUUCAACGUCUCUCCGCGAUUUUAGUCAUUCACGUUCCGGUAUUCACGUGUUUAUUUAACGGACAAAUUUGCUAUUGCUUGUUCCAUUAAAACUCUACGUUACUUGGAAUUUGUUUAGGAUUCAGGGAGCGAAAUGACAGCCAUUCAGACGAUGUCUAUAGCUGCGCUGAUACUUGUUGCGCUCGUGUUUGACAAAUGCUUCGGGCAUCCACCGAUCAAAUUAAGGAAACCUAACUAUUGCGAAACUUGCGACGAUUCAUGCAACAAAUGUGAGUUUGGUGUAACGACGUUGCCUUCUUGCGGUCUAGUAUGUGCACAGGGUCCCGACGACGUGUGCGGAGGACCGAACGACGAAUGGGGCAUUUGCGGCGAGGGUAUGUAUUGUUAUUGUAAUAAAUGCCACGGUUGCAGCGAGAAAGGACUGAAAUGUAAAGAAGAAAAUCCAGACGACAACUGUAAAAUUCCACACAAGCAUCACCAACGACACAUUCUAUUCCCAUAAGUUUUAUUUUUCUAUUCCCAUACGAAACAACGUUACACGACAAAAACUUACUUUACGAUGUAAAACAAGGAAACGAACGAUUUUUCGACGGAUAACGACUACUUUGUUCGAAUUGUAAUCAACCGAUAACUCGAUCGAGUCGCAUAGAAUCGCUGGUCGAUAAAACCCGAGUAAACGAACAACUCUUGAUUUCGUCCGUUUCGAGCUAUCGGAAACGGAAAUGCGGAUAUCUACGGAAAUCUUCGGUAAUCUACAGAGAGAGAGAGAGAGAGAGAGAGAGAGAG